AUGACAGACGUUGUGCUGACUUUAGAUCGCCUGGAGCCCGUUCCUUCUUUAUCGGGCGGAAACAACUGCGUGGUCUCCGUGGCUGUAGACACAGAGAGCAGUCGUGAUAAGAUCUCAUCCUCCAGGGACGCCGGCUGUAGUUCCUCCACCUUCUCAGAGAAGUGCUGCUGCCAUUAUGUUGAGAAUGAUGGCUCAAAGGAGGGAAAAGAGUCCGAUGUCGCUACAUACAUCUCUAUUAUAAACGCUUUUCAGGAAAAGGUGAAUACAUUGCAGAAGGCACUGCUGACCGCUAAUCAAUGUGCGGUGCUCUCACGUACAACCGAACUCUCUGGGGAGUCCUUGUCGACAAAUGAGAAAUUACAAGAGAAGAACUCUCGCAUUAAAGGACAAAGUACACGUCGACGACGAACAGAAUGGACUCAAGCCACAGAUGCGAAUAAUGCUAUGAAUUUACUGGAACAAGUUUCUUCUAAUAUUCAUCCAGAUGAUUUUGAGAGAUGGAAAAAAGAUUCAGAUUCUCCUUUACUUGAUAAUGUUAAUACGAAUAAAAAUAGUUCUUCCAAGGAAAAUGUGAUUCAAAAGGAUAAAAAACAAGUAGAGAAGAAUGAAGAAUUUGAACAUUUUGUCAUUUCUAGUUGCCCUACAACUGAGGAACUCGAGAAUUCCUCAAAUUUAAAUGGUGUUUUUGUUGAUCCUGUUAUCCUUGUUGAUAUAACUGCAGUUAUGGCCAACAAGAAACAGGAACAGGAACAGAAGAAGGAACAGAAUUCUCUGCCUAAAGAAUGCAACUGUUCAGUUAAACAGAGUACAAUAUGUGAAGAAAUGGAACGAGUGAAUUCAGAAAAUGUCAAAUUGCGUGAAAUGUAUACUGAGGCGCAACGAAAACUAGAGACUAGAAAUGAAGAAAUUCGCGUACAAAAGGUUCAACUAGAAGAACUGCAAAAACGUGUGGAAGAACUAUCCCAGUGUAAAGCCAAGAUGCAAAAGGAGUUCGCUGCCCUGCAAUCCCAACACGAUGAGGCGAUGAAAUUAAAGCAACUCUCUGAGGCAAAGGUGCGGGACACAACAAUGAUGAUGGAGUCCAUCAAUGCUAGUCAUCAGGCGGCUCGUGCAGAGUGUGAGGAAGCCAAACGUGAUGCCGAGGCCGCAUGGAAAGAAGUAAGACGUCUAGAAAAAGAAUUGCGUGAGUGGAGUCAAAAGGAGCGUGAACUGCAACGACUUCGAAUACUCAUGCGAUUUUCAGAACUGAAAAAAGAUAGCGAUAAACUUUCCACCGUGGCGGAAGAGAUAGAAUUUCUCAGUAAUGAGAGACAACGCUUGCAUGAGGAAAACAGACGCUGCCGCACACUGCUAUCAGAGUAUCGACUACGACUAGAGCAGAAAGAAGCAGAGUCUUCCUCAAUUGAAAUUCAAAGUAGCUGCAAUAAUGUUAAAAGUAUCGAUACAAACGAUAUGUGUAAACCCGCACAAGAGAAAGAUGAACUUAACAGUUCCGUUCCAUGUGUUUCACGUAGAUCUCAAUCCCAAGUGCGCAACACCGUGCGGGCACCGUCUCGUCCUGCAUCUGCACUGCGUGUGAGAGAAGAAUCCCACAGGCGAUCUACACAACAGACAAAAUCGUGUGGUGCAUCGGGAGGGAAACCUCCAUUAGCGGCCACCUCUGCAUUUCCUCAGGGUGACGGAAGUGUCUCCUCAUUGUUUGAGAGAAGGGGGCGUAGUCCCAAUCGUCAUCAAAAUAUGAUGAGUUCACAGCGCCCAAAGAGUUGCAAGGGUAGGUCCAUAUUGUUUUGA